AGAUAAAGUAUCAAAACAGCCCUACUGAGCCUGUGCUGGAUGAAAGCUCAGGGUGCACAUGGCCAUUCACUAGACAACAGGCCAUCUCAGCACUUCUUUAUCCAGUUCUAAAGGAUAGAAUUAAAGGCCAAGUUCAUUUUUCCCUGGUGAAGUGUUGUACUGUGCUGUUCAGCAUGUCCAGACGAAGCUUCGCCUUCACUUCCACAGCCCUGCGCUCUCUGGAGCAGGACAGGGACCUGCUCGAGAGACAACACUACCAGAGGAGGCUGGUAGACCCAGUGGUCAGUGGAUAUCUUCUGAGGAAAGAAGCCAGAGAGAAGACCAGGUUAUCCAGACAGACUCUACCAGAGCAGGUCCCUCCAACGGUGUGCCAGGACCUGUUGGUGCAAAAUGCCCUGUUCACAGGAAACCUGGAGGCUGUGAAGGAAUUCUUCCCUAAAGGCUCUAAAGCCACCCUGGUUAUCCAGCCUGAAGGAGGAGCUAUGCGCUGGGUCUCCGAUGGGAAGGUGAGAGGACUGUGGUCAUUGACAUAUGAACAGGAGCUGACCACACCGCUGCACAUCACGUCAGGCCGAGGCUUCACCGAGUGCCUCAGGCACCUGUUGCUGAGGGGAGCCAAUGUUGAUUUUGCCCCUGGGGGCACCACCGCCCUGCACGAGGCCUGCGAGGAGUGCCAGCCAGAGUGCGUCAAACUGCUGCUUCAGUACGGUGCCAAUGCCAAUGCUGUGAAUGAGGACGGACUCAUGCCCCUGCACGUCUGCACAGAGCUGGACUCUCUGGAAUGUGCCAAACACCUCAUCCAGUUUGGUGCUGCAAUUAACGGCCGCAGCCUGGAUGAGAAUGACACGCCUCUGCACGUUGCGGCUCGUCACGGCCUCCCCGGACAUGUGGGGCUCUACCUGCGGCAUGGAGCUCAGCUGGAGCGGCAGAACGACGAGGGCCUUACGCCACUCAAUUCAGCCUGCUCACAGCCACAAGACCUGGGUGCCCUGGAGCGCUACACUCAGGUGUGCAAGCAGCUGGUCGAGGCUGGAGCAGACGUGCACACAACUGAUGUUGACAAACAAACACCUCUACACAUGGCCUGUAAGAAUGCCAGUCCAGAUGUGGUGGAUCUGCUGUUGCAAAAUGGUGCCAUUGUCAACGACAUGGACUAUGGUGGGGAGGCACCCAUGCAUAACAUUCUGAAGAUGGUGGCCUAUAAGUCAGAUCACCAGCCGGAGAGGAUAGUACAGGCUUUACUGAACUAUGGAUCUAUCAGAGUCUGGCCAGGAGCACUACCUAAGGUGCUGAAGUACUGCUGCAUGUCUCCACAUACAAUAGAAGUGCUGCUAAAUGCUUACAGCCGCAUCAAGGUUACAGACCAGUGGGUGGAGGCUGUUCCUCCAGAGGUGUUUCAGCAACACAGAGAAUUCUAUGAGUCGGUGUUUGCAUUGGCCUCUACUCCUCGCUCCCUGCAGCACCUGGCCCGCCACCGGCUACGCACCUAUCUGGACAGCCGUGUGCACAUAGUGGUGCCCAAACUGGGCCUGCCCACCUUUCUGAAGGACUAUCUGAUGCUGGAGUUCCGAGGCUAUAUUCACUAGGCACAUGCAUGAUCGUCUGUUUAACACUUUAUCAUAGGUUGAAUGGUGAAGACACGUGUACUGACCAGCCCUUUGCCGUGCAAUGACUGUUCAGGCUGCAGCAAAUUAUUUUUUUACCUAACAUUUACAAUUGUUUAGAUUUUUCAUGGCAUUAUGAUAUUUCAAUUUUUUUUAUAAUUUAAUCUGAUUAAUGUGAUACUAUUUAGAACUAUGGUUAAAAAUACACUGAACACACAAAUGUAUCCAGAUGAACUAUUUAAACAGCCAGUGAAAGAUUAUUAAAUCAAUAUAUAUUUUUUAUUGUUCAUUUGAAAACCCAUUUAAAAAUAUAUAUUUUAGCCAAUCAUAAAGUGAUGCCAUUAGAGUCCUCACUAUAACUGAUAAUAACAUUCCAAAAGCAAUUGAAUCUCCAGCUUUGCCAGACUUACCCACCCCAAUAUGGUCUAUUAUUUUUACACCUCUAAUCAAAAGUGUUUGAUAAAGCAUGCCCAUAUGAAAACCAAAUUGCCUGUAUUAACUCCUGUUCACACUAACAUGGUUAAAAGUGAUCUCUUUUCUCUUGUGCACAAGAGUGAGUAUAGUCUGAAGAUGUAUUAGUUUGUAUAGAUUGUAUAGUUUGAAUGUUAUUAAAAUGAGUACAAUGUAUUUAAAACAAAAAACACCUUUUUAUGAAGACAAGGAUUCGCACAAAUACAGUUUGUGUAUAUUUGUGAAAAAGCUAAAGCUUUGACUAGAGAACAAUGACUAUUGUUUGUGGGAAUUGAGUUCAAAGAUUCAGUAAUGUUCAUUCCCUUAUGUAUUCACUGAUUUGUGAAAGCACAUGUACAGAAAACAUGACUGUGGAUUACUUGCUGAAUCAUGCUGUGUUAAUUGUAGUUAUAGCAUCUCGGAUUACUUUACUAAUUUUGGAUUAAGAAAUUUAAGCUAAUAUGUUUUAAAAUAAUAAGAUAAUAAUCAUAAUUGAUCUUUCUUUUGAUGUGUGGGAGGCUUACUGGUCCUGAGCACUCUCUGAAAUUUUGAUAACUGUCUUCACCACAAGGGGGUGCUGUGGAUUUCAGUGUUUUAAGGUUCUUUGGACCUCUUUUUAGACAAAUUGUCUAGAAGGUCAAAAACUGGUUUGUUAAGUUUUACAUUUCUAAAUAGUUUUGCAGAAUUAUACACAUCAGCUCAUCAAUAUACAGUCAUAUGUAUUCUUCAUCAUUAUUGUGUUAAUUAAUUGGCCGCACCCUCAACAAGAUGUAUGUACUUAAAAUAUAUGCACUUUAUCUAAUAAAGUAUAUUAAGUUUG